GGCAGCAGCAAAACCUGAGCACGCGGAAGCGGGAGCAGCGGAGGAAGAAGGACCAGAGCAGACAGGUCCAGACUAGACACUAUCACCACCUCCCUUGCCCUGCUCCUGCUCUGCCAUCAUCGUCUCGUCUGCACAAAGGAAGGCGCGCCACUGUGACGCCCGCCAGCUCUGUCCCCUUCCCCAACCUCUUUUGUCCUCCCGCUGCACCACCUCCAUUACUCAGCACACACCUCCAUCCAUUACUCGGACCCUUCCAAGGACAGAGCAGGGAGUGGCCGAUGCAGUCAUCACGCUCCCUCGCGCACGCCAAGCCGCCGAGGUCAGCCCACGCGCGCUCCCGCUCCCAGCUGGCCCAGGUGCGCCCGGAUCCCAGGCAAGAUUUCGAGUUCCACUUCGACUUCUCCUCCGAGGCCUUCUGCUUCGACAUGGACGGCGACGGCGGCGGCGCCAAGGCGGCGCCGGUGCCGGUGGCCGAGAAGGAGCGCGUUCUUGCCGGGUUCGACAAGGUGAGGCUCAGCAUUGCGUCCAGCGAGGACGACGACGACGAGGCGCCGCCCAGGUGCUCCUUCUCCGGGGCCAGCCACCCGCCGGAGCCGGUCGACGAGGUGGACCCCGCGUUCGCGGCCGCGGACCGCGGCCGCCGGGGCGACACCGACCUGAAGGCGGCGUCGGCGGCGGCUGCCAAGCCGGUGAUCGUGUGGGACGCGUCGCCGCCGGUGGGCGGCGCGGCGGCCAAGCCGGUGAUCGUGUGGGACGCGUCGCCGCCGGUGAGCGGCGCGGCGAGCCCGCACAGCAGCACGGGCGACAGCUCGUCCGGUGGCACGGCGGCGGCCACCGUCACCUGCACCAGCAUGGCGCCCAGCUGCACCGUCACCAGCCAGAGCGCCAAGACCAGCGUCUGCAGCAGCGGGGCCAGCGACUGGAGCAGCGGCACGGCCAGCGGCUGCGGUGGCAGCGGUGGAGGGAAGCCGCACAAGGGGGGCGACCCGAGGUGGAAGGCGGUCCUGGCCGCGCGCGCCAGGGACGGGCCCCUCGGGAUGGGGGACUUCCGGCUCCUCCGCCGGCUCGGCUGCGGCGACAUCGGCACCGUGUACCUCUCCGAGCUGAGCAAGGGUGGCGGUGGCUGCGGUGCGGCGAGGGCGACGUGGUUCGCGAUGAAGGUCAUGGACAAGGCGUCGCUCGAGAGCCGCCGGAAGCUCAGCCGCGCCGAGACGGAGCGCGAGAUCUUGCAGCUGCUAGACCACCCCUUCCUCCCCACACUGUACGCCCACUUCGAGACCGACAAGUUCGCCUGCCUCGUCAUGGAGUUCUGCCCCGGCGGCGACCUCCACGCCCUCCGCCAGCGCCAGCCCGGCAAGCUCUUCCCCGAGCACGCCGCAAGGUUCUACGCCGCCGAGGUGCUCCUGGCGCUGGAGUACCUGCACAUGCUCGGGGUGGUGUACCGGGACCUGAAGCCGGAGAACGUGCUGGUCAGGGACGACGGCCACAUCAUGCUCUCCGACUUCGACCUCUCCCUGCGCUGCGCCGCCUCGCCGACGCUCUUCAGACCUUCCCCGCCGUGCAGCACCUCGGGCCCCAACGCCGCCUGCAUCCAGCCCACCUGCUUCAUGCCCAAGCUCUUCGGCCACCGGAGCAGCAAGAAGAGCGCCUCCAGAUCGUCCAGGACCGGCGAGCAUCAGCAGCAGCAGGGCGCCAUGCCGGAGCUCGUGGUCGAACCAACAGCCGCGCGGUCGAUGUCGUUCGUGGGCACGCACGAGUACCUGGCGCCGGAGAUCAUCAAGGGAGAGGGCCACGGCAGCGCCGUCGACUGGUGGACGUUCGGCGUCUUCCUGCACGAGCUCAUGUACGGCAAGACGCCCUUCAAGGGGCAGACGAACAGAGCCACGCUGUUCAACGUCGUCGGCCAGCAGCUCCGGUUCCCGGACGGCGGCCCGCCGACGAGCGGCGCCAGCAGGGACCUCAUCAAGGGCCUGCUGGCCAAGGAGCCCCACGCCCGGCUCGGCGUGAAGAGGGGAGCGGCCGAGAUCAAGCAGCACCCCUUCUUCGAGGGCAUCAACUGGGCGCUCAUCCGGUGCAGCACGCCGCCCGGCGUGCCGAGGGCCGUGGAGCCCAUCGCCGUCGCAGCAGCGAUGCCGGCGAAAUCGGCGUCGAUGGACAGGGUGCAGACGAACUACAACAGCAGCAAGAGGAUGCCACCGGCAGGAGGAGAUCAUGUGGAAUCAGGAGGGAAGUUCCUCGACUUCGAGUUCUUUUAAUUACAGUAUUAGGGAGCCUGAGUUUGUAGACUGAAAAUUGUAUCGUGUCCAGUUGUGUUCUUAACCUUAGAUACUUGCUGUGCUCUGAGCUUCAGCUGUAGUUGCAUAGUGUCAGCAUUUGCCAGCGACAUACAUGACCAGUUUAAUUCGAAUCUUGUAUGUUCGCAUGCUAAACCCGAGCUUGUAUAACAUGUUAAUUAGGCCUCAUAUGGAACAUGGGGAUUCUUCAUGUGAAA